AUGGCCACCAACACUCUGAGGAAGAGAAAAAUCGCGGUUCUAGGUUCCCGUUCAGUUGGAAAAUCUUCUCUUGUCAUACAAUUCAUCGAGAACCAUUUCGUUGAUGCAUACUAUCCUACUAUUGAAAGCACCUUUUCGAAAGGCGUAGCUUAUAGAGGCGUAGAAUAUGACUGUGACAUCAUCGACACCGCUGGCCAGGACGAGUACUCAAUUCUCAAUUCUAAGCACGCAAUUGGCAUACACGGCUACGUCCUCGUAUACUCAGUCGCCUCAAGAAGAUCUUUUGACAUGAUCAAAAUCGUAUACGACAAAAUCGUUGAUUUUUGUGGCAAAAACGAUAUCCCAUGCGUAAUCGUUGGCGCUAAAACUGAUUUACAAUCAAGUAGACAGGUGGCCCCGAAUGAAGGAGAAGAGCUAGCAAAACUCAAUAACGCUGCUUGGGUUGAGACUAGCGCAAAGAAUAAUGUCAACGUUGGCAAAGUCUUCGAGCUAUGUCUGGCCGAGAUUGAGAAGCGAUCACCUUCCAGCAAAACGGAUCAGCCAGAAGCAAGCAGGUGUCUCAUAAUGUGAUAGACGCGACUCGGCCGUCCCUGGUCACCUUGCUGUCAUGCUCUCCGGUUACCCAAUCUCCUUUCAUACCCUGAGCCGCCCAUUUUUCCUUGCUGGCAUCGCCGUCUUCUGCAUACAUAAUAAGUAUUUCUUUCUAUUUCCCUCCACUCCUUAGGAGUCUUCUUUUAAAUCCGAUUUUUCUAUCGGAUUAGACUGCGUCUCUAUAAUCCGCUACAUCAGUCAUGUCUCUUUGUGACUUGUACAGUGUGUAAAAUAAUGCUUUCCUGGGGUCUCUCUGUCUGGUUUCAACAGUACUAGUGUCUUCCCUGGUGGUUCAUAAUUCAUAUUCAUAUCGCUUC